AUCGCACGUGCAAUGCGCAUGCGGUUUCUGAAUCAGUCGCCCAAGGAAUAGGGGUAGUAAGCAAACCCUCGUUUUCCAGAUUGCCAUCGCUCCUCCUCCAUUUUCAUCCAUUUGCGAUACUUCCCUCUGCAGCUUCUGUUUACCGUGUAGUGGAAUGGCGAUGAACAACGGCCUCAGAUCAUGCGCUUCCAAGCUACUAAAUGCUUCCCCAUCGAUUGUUUCCAAAUCAGCGAACAGGGGGAUUCACUCAACUAGCGUGAAGCAAAUGGGAGGACAUGGUCACGACGAACCGUACUACCUUCACGCAAAGCACAUGUACAACUUGGACAGGAUGAAGUACCAGAAACUAACAAUGUCUCUUGCCGUCCUUACUGCCUUCAGCAUUGGUGUCGGUGUACCCAUUUUUGCAGUCGUCUUUCAGCAGAAGAAGACUGCUUCUGGGUAAUAUCUCUUUUGAAAUUAAAUAAUCUUUUGCCAUAAUAAACGAGUUUUCUUAAGUGCUUUUUGUAGACUAUAAAAAGCCAUUAUGCUAUUGUUUCAAGAAAAUUGAUCACUUCUUUUAAGCUUUCAAUUCGACACCGUGCUGUGUUUAUUUGCUCUUUAUGUCUGGAAAAUAGUAGUUUGGUUUGUUCUCAUUGUUUGUCAAUAAUCAGAUUUCUUGGAUACUUUUAUUCUAUUACAUAUGCACGUUAUCGAUGAACAUUGU